AUGUCAAGCCAUAGUCAUACAUCGAUGCCUCACGUUAAAAGCUCACCUCCAGGUGUGUUUUUUUAUAAAAAGGACAGGCAAUAUGCAUUAUUUUCCUGUGUUGUAUGAUGCAUCUCUUCUUGCCACCCAGACACCAAUGCUUUGCAUUUCCCAGGACCACAGUUAAGCUUCAUUGUCUGAGAUUCUUACCCCUAGCGAGGAAAAUAUGCUUUUAAUUCCCUGUGCUAGGGGUUUCUUGAAAGUUUCAUCCUUAAUGGAGCAUGGCGGCUGUUCUCUUAAGGGAGCAGUGGAUGUGUUCUCCGUGGGGUAAGGGGAAUUGAAAGAUGGUUUGCCUAAUAUUAGCAUCAGGAUUACUACAUUCGCUGCAAUGUGGUUUGUUUCAGAUAUGAAGUAGGCAGGAAGGGAGGCUCUUAAGGUGUCUUUUCCUGCCUAGGAAGCUGCCUUCUUCUGACCAUUGAUCCAUCUAGCUCACUAUUUUCCACCCCCACCUGAAGACCCAUACCUGGAUUGAACCUGGGGCCUUCUGCAUACAAGCAGCUGCUCUACCAGUGAGCAAUGGCCUAGGCUCAUAAAGCUGGAAUCUGUCACCCUUUUGUCUUCUUAAGCCCUAUAGUUCUGUGUUCCUGUAUGCAACUGUGAAUAUUAAUUCAAAAGUCAUCAUUAUGAAUGUGGGAGGGGAUAACAUAGUUCAGCCCAUUCCACCUCCCCCCACUUUAAUUCAGUAUCCAGCGAGGAUCCUCAUGGUGUGCAUGUGUGUAUUUUAAUUGUGGCUUCUUUGCAGAAAGAUCCAUCAAGCUGUGUGUCACAAAAGAGAUUCUGCUGCUUAGCAUCACAACGGCCUAUACAGGUAACUAACUGGACAGGGAUAGAAUCACUAGCCUUAGGAGUUUGCAUGGGACUUUUCUUUGGCCCAGACUGACUUUCUUACUGCCCAUCAGUCCUAUCCCAAAUCCAUUGCUUUUGGCUGCAUCAUGCAAAUCCCCCAAGUGCUUUUCUUUUCCUUGUAUCUCCCAAAGCAUUUGUUAGUCUGAGUUUCUGCUCUCAUUCUGAGCCCGUGAGCCUGUGGGAGAACCAUGCACAGAGCUGAGGAUUUCUUUUAAAGAUUUCUCUGCAUCCAAAAAAGGCAAUCUGCUCUUUCUAAUGAACUGCCACUCAUAUUGCUGGCUGAUGCUACUUCGGACAAAAGCCUUGGCUGCUUGGAUGAUUCCUUUGUACACAUCUGUAGAUGCUUUUUGGAUUGUGGCCCUUGCCCUGCAUUAAGACAUUCCAUUCCAGCAUCUUCAGUUAUCUCUUCCAUCAUAUGUUCCUCUCUCUCUCUACCCCCGCAGCAACUUUCAGUGCUCCUCUUCCUAUAUCUUCCCUUUGGUAGCAGAAUACUUGUGUUGCAGAUUGCCAUCUGGUGGUUACAGCUGAGAGUAUCUGUACCUUUCAUAGCCUGCAGUCUUUUUUUUUUUAAAAAAAAAUCCUUUCAGAUGUGAAAGGAUUUCAAAUUUUUGGGGCUUUAAAAUGAAAGUGGAGAUUUUCAGAAUUUUGCAUUUAUUUCGAUCCCAUUUUUUGCGGACCUUAGUUGGCCUGAUCACCACAUUUUAGUAUUCUUGCGUUAAACUUGGAGGCCUGUCUCAGGUUCCUUCACCAAGUUGUGUUUUGGGGGGGUUUGUCUGCAGUUCUAUGGGUCGGUGGAAAUUUUGGCCCAUAGCAGGCUCUCAAUGGGCCAUGUGCCUCAUUUACCUCACUUGGUUAAGAUUUUUUAUUAUUUAAUUUACGUUCUACUUUUCCUCAAAAGAAAUCAAGGCAUGUGGUACAUAUGAUCCUUUUAACAAUCAUUAUAUAGAACCAGACAGCUCUGAAGUAAAAUGUUUCACGAAUACUUCUUGGGAGUUGUUAGUAAAGCUAACACUUAGCGUUCCAUAGGUACCUUGGUUGUUGUAGCUGAAUCCUGCACAAACAUUCUUAAAAUUUAAUAUCGGCGCCAUUGUACUUGGAAUACCUUGGUGGUUUAUAUGGUUGGAUCCUACACAGGCAUUUUUGCUACCAACUGCUUCCUCCAGAUAAUCAGCAAUGCCACCGCUGGUCAACUUGACUUGCAUUGCAUAAAUACAGUUAUGAAAAGUUCUCCUAAAAGACCAGUGCAUCAUUCAGUCUACUGAUAUCUUUUGGCAGCUCCAUGUUGCAAUUCUAUCUUAAACUGUAGACUUUGAUAAAGCUCUAACUAGGGACUUUCUCCUUCCCUUUUGUAAUAUUGCUGUUUUUUUCUAGGUCUGGAAUUAACGUUCUUCUCUGGAGUGUAUGGGACCUGUAUAGGUGCUGUAAAUAAAUUUGGUACUGAAGAAAAAAGUCUGAUUGGACUCUCUGGUAUUUUUAUUGGUAUUGGAGAAAUAUUAGGUGAGUCAAAGGAACAAAGGAAAUUCCUUGAUGAACGUUAGGCCUUUGGUUUAUCUAGCUCAGUAUUGUUGACAUAGAGGCUCAUAGCAGAUCUCCAGGGUUUCAGACAGGCAUCUGAAAAGGUGCUGGGGAUUGAAUCUGGGACCUCCUGCAUGCAAGGCAGAUGCCUUACCAUUGCACUAUGGCAUCUCCCAAAACUGGAUUUGAAAUAGCAGGAAAUAAAUUUUGCCUACAGUUGUUUAAUACAUAUAUACCACAUAUGCCAAAAUGGCUUCUAUGUAGUUAAAUGAGGUGGACCUGUUUUAAAUGCUUAUGAUGUGCAUUAAUAUAAACAGCUACAACAGUUUGUUUAAUCCUCAGGAGCUAACUAAAACUAUCCACACCAGUUUAAUGCAUCAGAAAGUUAAAGGGUAAAAAAAAAAGGUAAAGGAGCCCUGGAUGGUAAAGUCCGGUCAAAGGUGACUGUGGGGUUGCGGUGCUCAUCUCGCUUUCAGGCCGAGGGAUCCUGCGUUUAUCCACAGACAGCUUUCUGGGUCAUGUGGCCAGCAUGACUAAACCGCUUCUGGUACAACGGGACACUGUGACGGAAGUCAGAGUGCAUGGAAACGCCAUUUACCUUCCUGCCGCAGCAGUGCCUAUUUAUCUACCUGCACUGGCAUGCCUUUGAACUGCUAGGUUGGCAGAAGAUCAGGAAGUUAAUACUUAUUUAUAGUGGUGAUGGAGUAGCAGCAGUGUUUUGCUCAUUUUAGACUAUGCAAACUCUGCAGUAUAGGACUUCUGACAGCCAAGGCAAGCAGCUGUUGGGUAUAAAAAGCAGAUUGCCUUUUUGGCCGUUGGAGCCAGCAAUGUUUGUGACAUAAUUAGUCCUAGUUCUCAGAAAUAGCAGUAAAUCAUUGAAGUGUACCACUUUAGACUGCAGAUACAGACUUACAUGAGUGAAUAUGUGAAAGAAAGAAAAACAACCCUUGGCCUAACAGACUAGGUUCCAGGGAGAAGGAUACAAGCUUAGUCCUUUUCCUGACAUGCUAGCGUUUUCUUUACAGGGAUGUUUAUUUAACCGAGGUGGAGGUAUGGAGGAGCAUGUGAGUUCCUACCCUCUUGAGGUCUCAUGUGAUACAGUGGUGACACAGUUUACCUCCUGAUUUGCUCUUGUGAGAGGCCAGGCCACAGUUUCCACUUGUGGAUCAGGUAGUGGUGCUGUGUGGGGGAGAGAGGAUGGAGCGUUAGUUCGACACUUUGCCAUAGUCAGUCAUCUGGUGGGGGUUUGCUUCUACCCUCCCACAGUGUUGCCUGCUUUCUAGCAUGUUGGACUGUGGGUAGAACCACCACCGCAAGGCAUAACGCUCAGGAUGGAAGUUGCCUCUGCUGGAUUUUCUGGAAUCCUUCCUUCCUACUCAGCCUCCCAAGCCAGAGAACACACAGUUUAGCAGGAUCCUCUCAUCCUUUAGUGAGGCUUUUUAGGGGUGGGAUGGGAUGCUGCUGAGCAGAGCAGGGGUCAAAUAAGUCCAUUUCCACCAUUCCCUUACAUGACAUACUAGGGAAAUGAUUUAACCCUCAAACCCCGCCCUGUUUUCUUGCUCGCAAUAAUGAUACAUUCUCUAUUACAGGUGGAGGAAUCUUUGGCCUUCUGAGCAAAAACAACCGUUUUGGCAGGAACCCAGUGGUGAUGUUAGGCAUUGUGGUCCAUUUUGUAGCCUUCUAUUUGAUUUUCUACAACAUGCCAAACGAUGCCCCCAUCGCCUCCAUCCAUGGCACAGACAGCAUAGCAUUCAUGGAACCAAGGUACGAGUUACUUUACUUCUCGUGACCAGACAGAUCUGGUUUACACAGGGUGCUAAGCCAAACCAUGGCUUAAUAUGAACAGGCAACAUGUUGGUUACAGGACCAAAGAUAAUGGCUGAGGUGCCAUUCUCCUCCUUCCCUUUCUGCUGCUGCGCUAUCUGGGGCCAAGUCAUGGACUGCCUUACUGUGAUGGCCAAAAUUGGGCUCAUGGUUUCUCUUGCUCCAGACAAACCAUGAACUGUAAACGUAAGAUUUGCUCUUGGUUUACCACCCAUGGUUUAUCUGGGGAAGACAAACCAUAAGCCCAGGUUUGGAUGGAAUGCUAAGUCAAAGAAUAUUUAAAACAUUAAAUAAUACAGGCAAAGUGCCUUUGACAUAUUUAAUUGCAAUGCAGAAAUGCCCGAAACGAGAAUUCUCAAAAUGAAGCAGCUCUUUGGUAGCAAUCUGGACCUUGCCAUUUUUUUCUACAUUAUUUCUCAAUAGACUUAGACAAAAAUAAUAUGAAUGGUAGGAUUGUACCUAAUUUUCCAUUCAUAGUUGUGUAUAUUUUUAUUAAUUACAGUGUGGUUAAUAUUGGCAUCUCUUUAUUUUCAGCAAAGAAGUGGCAAUUUUCUGCAGCUUCUUACUGGGUCUAGGUGAUAGCUGUUUCAACACUCAACUCCUCAGUAUUUUGGGAUUCCUGUACUCAGAAGACAGUGCACCUGCCUUUGCAGUCUUUAAAUUCAUCCAGGUAUUAUUGGUUGCCAAAUGUCAGAGCCAGACAUCAUAUAAUGAGUAGUCUAGUGAAAUAAUACAGUAGUUUAUUCAUUAUGCAAACAAAGAGCUUUGUGUAAAAUUGGAAGGAGUUUAAAAGUCAUCUACUUUUGUCUAGGACACUGGGUAAGGCAAGAACACAACAGCCUUUUCAGUAAUGCAGGAUGUUUGGUUAACCAAAAUACAUACUACAGUCCUGUGUUUAAGCCCCAGUGAAGACACUGAAAUUUAAUUCUGUUUAAACAUAAACAUGUGUGAUGUGAUAUAUUUGUGCAUGACGAAACAAUGGUUAAUAGAACAAUUAUUUUUAAAGAACAAACAUUUGGAGUAGUCAUAAGUGGAAUACAUGCAUUGGUAGGUGUGCUAUAUAGAAACUGCUACCUUCUAUCUCAAUACAAUGAAUGAUAUUAAUGGAACAAUAGCAUUCCAUAUCAGUAUAAAUUAAAUUAAAAUAGCUAAGUGGAUAAAGUGGAAAAGAUAGAUGCAAAAAAUGCCAUGUUCCAACUCAAUCUACAAGUCACUGUGAUGGCUCAGCUGGUAAAGCAUGAGACCCUUAAUCUCUACAUUGGGCAAAAGAUUCCUGUAUUGCAGGGGGUUGGACUAGAUAACCCUCAUGGUCCCUUCCAACUCUACAAUUCUAGGAAUCUGGGAGUCUCUACAUUCCUGGAUUUGGUGCAGGUCAGCCGUUUGUAGACGCAGUAAGGAAUCUAGGAAUUAGGAAUGACCUUGGAUCAGGAAGAGUCAAAGCUGAAUAUGAAAGGGCAUUUGAUGCUAAGCUGUUCACUUUGAAAUAGGCAGAUUGCAGGAGAGCUAAGUAAGCCAGUUAAUUAGAAAAACAACUUGGACUGGGGAAUUUAUGUUCUGGAAAUCACAAAAAGUUGGAAUGUUACUAAAGCUGAAUGGCACUGAAGCCAAGUUGAAAUGUCACUCACACCCUUCCUCGCUUCCCUUUUCAGUCUGUCUGUGCUGCCAUCGCGUACUUCUACAGCAACUACCUGCUUCUUCAGUGGCAGCUUCUGAUUAUGGCCGUGGUUGGGUUCUUUGGGACACUUUCCUUCUUCACCGUGGAGUGGGAGGCCCCAGCCUUUGUGGCCAAAACCACAGAUUACAGCAGCAUUUGA